UCCAUUUAAACAGAAGAAACUGAACGGGGACAUUUGAGGAAUGAAAAACAUUCUUAUAUUGUUGGGGGUUAUAUAUCACAUGGAGGGGCUCCAGGCCGACUUUGGGACUUAAAAUCAGUAGAAGUGGAUCAUUAUUUCCAAGACCAGGGGUCGAAACUUCAAAGGAAAGAUCUUGACUUGUAUUAUGCGGACAGAUGCUGGGCCUGCCGAGCCGCUGAAACUUUUCUCAGUGCUGUGAUGGCUGAGCUGAUCUCAUUAGAAUCUUAAGCCAUAAUUACAAGCUUACACAUAUUGUUGAGUUCAACAUGAAUCAAUAAAUAACUUUAAGGGUUCAACAUUUUCCUCCUAAACCAGAAUUUAGAAGCUUCAUGCAGAGCAACCGAAACGAGGAACACUCAUCCCUCCCUGCUUCCCUUGCCUUUCCUCUUGUGGCAGAUCUUUAAUCCUGAAUACUGAGAGGGGACCUACACUUGAAGCGCACGCUAGAAACCUCAAUAAUACACAUCAGUCUAACCACCCCCAGGAUGCCGGUUUGAAAAGGCUCGUCGCGGGCAUCGUCCCGCCGGACCCCCGCCAGCCUCCCUCCCCGCCGCUUUGCAGCUCUGCUGGCCUCUUCCCGGGCAGCUGCGAUGCGCCUGAUCCAGCACAUGGGCACCAUCGCCGAAUACCCCCAGGCAGGCGGCGCCCCCAGCGCAGGAGAGAGCUGCGGCUCGGGGGGCAGCGCCGGCCGCCCCCGCCUCAUCAAGAUCGCCGUGGUGGGAGCGAGCGGCGUGGGCAAGACCGCUCUGGUGGUGAGAUUUCUCACAAAACGAUUCAUCGGGGACUAUGAACGCAACGCAGGCAACCUGUACAGCAGGCAAAUCGAAAUUGAUGGAGAGAUGCUCGCGAUACAAGUCCAAGAUACCCCAGGUGUACAGAUCCACGGACACCGUCUGGACUGUAACGAACAGCUAAACAGAUGCAUCCGGUGGGCGGAUGCGGUGGUGAUAGUCUUUUCGAUCACAGACUACAAGAGUUAUGAACUGCUCAGUCAUUUCCACCAGCACAUACGGCAGCUACACCCCGGGAACAGAGUGCCCGUGGCGGUUGUCGCCAACAAAGCUGACCUCCUUCAUAUUAAAGAGGUGGAGCCCCAACAUGGACUUCAGCUGGCCAGGAUGCUGGGUUGUACUUUCUAUGAAGUGUCUGUCAGUGAAAACUACAAGGAGGUCUUCAGUGCUUUCCAUAGCCUGUGUAAAGACGCCUGCAAGCAACAAUCUGUCAGUACCCCAGAGAAGAGGAGAACCUCUCUCAUUCCAAGACCAAAGUCACCCAACAUGCAGGACCUGAAGAGAAGGUUUAAGCAAGCCUUGUCAGCUAAAGUGAGAACUGUCACUUCAGUCUGAAACAUCAGACUACACGAGUGGGGUUGCUGCCUCCCAAGGCAUAUUUUGACAGUUCCUGUUUGGAAAUGUUAGUCUAUGGCACUGUGGUAUCCAGAAGAGGCACACGAGAGUGUCCAGAUACUGUUUUAACAGUUGUCAACAUCAAGUAUUGUAUAAUGGAGGGACAACACUGAAGCCCAGAUAAGCUCCUGAAGGGGUGGCAGAGCAUGGAUUUUUAUACUGAAAAGUAGAACUUUUUAUUGAAUGGACAUUUUCAUGCUUUGCGGUAGAAUUUGGGUAAUUCUAAUAAACGUAUUAUCUUAUCACAUGAAAACUGCAGGGUGUGAAAAAGGGACAAAAUACUCUGACUGCCACCUCAUUCACUGGAAAGCAAGUUGUGUUUUUACAUCAGUGUGUAAUUUUCUUUGAUAUUGGAUGAAGGUUGGCUCCCUCCAGUGCUCACCAGAGCCUUAAGUUGCUUUUCUAACCUGGUGUUUUGUGCAGAUGUCACACUGUUUUUGCCAAAUGAAACAUCAGCAUCAAACACAAUGGGCAUUAUUGACUGGAUGAUUACAGAUGCUUUGUACUACAAAGAUGGUUUAGAAUGUGAUUAUCUAAGAUAAUAUUGUCUUGAUCACUCUUCAGAGGCUAAUAAUAUGAGGCAAUGCUGUGGCUUUACAGAGAUGUUUUUGAUUUGGAUUGACUGAUGGUGAUUAUUGUAAAUCCUCACGUAAUUAUUCAAGGUAUGGAUACGAUUUCCUCUUAUCUCAGUCCAGUAAGAUUGUUAGCUGUGGUCUACAAGGCUGAUCUUGGCUGAACUAUUUUCCAGUGAAGGCAUGCAGUAUCUUCCACGUUGCAUGAGUCUGCGGUUGUAGCUAUGUUUUUAGAAUCUGGAUCGUCACACUUGGUUUACAGAAUCAACAGGAUUUGAGCUUAAGGGCUAUGAGUCUUAUACCAAUGCACUUUAAAAAAAACCCAACCUGUGCUUUUCCCCUUCAGCUGUUAACUUAUUUAUUUUUUACUUGAUAUCAACUCUUUAUGUGGAACACAACUUCUUCACUGUUGAAACAUUAAAAAUAACAGAAGGA